GUGCGAAAGAUGUCGCCACAUGUUCAUAUAUCUAAUCAUUGAAUUCUCUUUUUUUCAUAAUUAAAAUAUUUUAGUAUUAUAUUUAUUAAUUUUUCAAUCAAAUAAAAAGUGUGUGAUCAAUAAUAUAACAAACAUCAUAAUAUCGUCGAAAAAAUCAAAGAAAGAUGCAUAUAGAAAAAGAAUUUGAAGAUGAUAUUAAAAGUGAUGCUGGAGGAAAUUCAGGAUGGGCAGAUGCUAUGCGUAAAAUUCUACAAACAAAAAAGCCAAAACGUAAAAAGACAAUAGUUUUAUCAAAAGCGAAAAGGUUAUGUGAUAUAAAAGAGAAAGAAGAUAAAGAAAGUUCAUUAGAUAUUGAGAAAAUAAAAGAAGAAGUAAAAGAAGAAAUAAAAGAAGAAAAAGAUGUUGUUAAAAAACCACAGUUAAAGGAAAAGAAGUUAGGUAUUAGAGUAAAACCAAGUAUAAUGGAUAGAGAACGUGAGAGAACAUUACAAAAAAUUGCUACAAAAGGUGUAGUACAAUUAUUUAAUGCCGUUAAACAACAGCAAGGUGAAAUUAAUAAAAAGUUAUCCGAAGCUGGCCCAUUAGAAAGGAAACGUGAACAAGUAUUAAGAAGUAUUGAUAAGACUAAAUUUUUGGAUGUUCUUAUGGGAGGAAGUAAAAGUAUUCCAGUAGAUAAUGAUGUAAAAAAUGAAGAGCAAGAAAAUAAAAAGCUUGAAAAGAAAAAAGAUAAAGAAACUUGGAGCGUGUUGAGAGAAGAUUUUGUAAUGGGAACAAAAUUAAAAGAUUGGGAUCGUAAAGAACAAGACGAAGAUUCUUCAGCAGUUGAAGAUAUGGAUAGUGAUGAUUAAAUUGUAAAAAAAAAUGUAUAAAAUAUUUAUGUAAAUAUAAGAAAUAAUUCAUAUAAAAUUUA